AUGUCAACUUAUUUUACUAAUAAAUUAUUUGUCUACUAUUUUCUCAUCACCAUAACUAAUGCUCUUCUUCUAAGUUCAACAAUCUCAGCCAGGAAGCUGCUAACAAUAACCACGGCUCAUCCGGUGGAAGAAAGUAGUGAAUUAUUAUCAGGAAGCUUCGGGAUCGGAGCAGGAGCCAACAUGGGGAGUGGUGGAAUGCUCGGGGGAGCUAUUCCUGGAAUGAAUACAGGAAUAGCCGGAGGUAUUGGUGGGAACAUCGGUGCCGGUAUUGGUGGUGGUGCGCUAGGUGGUGGUCCAGCAGGAUCAGAUGGUGGGCUUGGUCAAGGAUUUGGUGGUGGUGGAGUGUAUGGAGGUGGUGGUGCAAGAGGUGGUCAAGGGUUUGGUGGUGGUGGAGAUCAAGGCGUUGGUGGUGGGAUUGGGAGGAGCAUUGGAAUGGGUGGUGGUAUUGGUUCGGGUAAUACUGGUUUGGGUAAUGCAGGCAUUGGUGCUGGGAUUGGUGGUCAUCUGGGUUUUGGUAGCGGCGGUGGAGGCUUGGACGGUCCGUCUUCACAACAAUUGCCGUGA